AUGGAACGUUGUGAUGAAUGUAAUCAACCACUUGGAGGAAAUUGGUGCAAUAAUUGUGAUGCAUACAAAUUUUUAGAAGAAAGUAAAACUAUUGGUUAUCGUAAGGAACUUCAUAAAUUAAAUAAAAAUGAGAAAUUCCAAUUUAGGCGGUACGGUAUAUGUCCGAAUUGUAAACAAUUGAAGGUCGACUAUGAAUUAUGUCAUGAUUGUGAUAAAAGUUAUAGGGAAUGUAAUAAAUGCAACCGACCAUAUAUUACUUCCGGAGAGGAAUGGUGCAAUUAUUGCGAUACUAAAAGAUUUUUGGAAGAAAGUGAAACUCUCGGAUACCAUAAGAAAUUAGAUCAAUUAUCCAAGGAAGAGAAAAUUCGGUUUAGAUUAUAUGGAAUAUGUCACGAUUGUGUACAAUUAAGAAUUGACUCCAGAUCAUGUAUUAACUGUAGACGUAAGAGAUGUGAAGAAUGCGAUACCACCAAAAACGAAACGUGGUGUGAUAAUUGUGAUGGUAAAAGGUUUUUGGAAGAAAGUGAAACUCUCGGAUAUCAAAAGAAAUUAGAUCAAUUAUCCAAGGAUGAGAAAAUUCAAUUUAAGCGAUAUGGAAUAUGUACCAAUUGUAAACAACUAAAAAUUGACCCCAGAUCAUGUGCUAACUGCAUGUACGGCAGUUGUAAUGAAUGCAAACAACCAAAUAUUUCCGAAGAGAAGUGGUGUAAUGAUUGUGAUGUUAAAAGUUUUCUAAAAGAAAGUGAAAUUGUUGGAUAUGGUAAGGAACACAAUGAUUUAUCUAGAGCAGAAAAAUUUCUAUUUAGACAAUAUGGGAUAUGUCAUGAAUGUAAGCAACUAAAUACUGACUAUGGAUCAUGUAUUGACUGUAAUAAAAGUUAUAGUAAAUGUCCAGAAUGUAAACGACCGUAUUUUUCUGAGGAAUGGUGCAAUUUUUGUGACAAUAAAAGAUUCUUGGAAGAAAGUAAAAUCAUUGGGUGUUAUAAGAAUUUAAAUGACUUGACUAAGGAUGAGAAAGUUCAUUUUAAAGAAUAUGGAAUAUGUCCCGAUUGUAAGGAAAUGAAUACCGGAGGAGCGUGGUGUAACAAAUGUGAUCCUGGACGAUUUUUAAGUGAAGGAAAAACUAGUGGAAAUCAAGAGAUCGAUCAAAUAAUCUACGAUGCACAAAAGAAAACAGAGCAUUAUUAUAAUAGUUUUGAGUGGAUUCCUUUGGAUAAACUUGAAUCUAUUCAACAUAUCGGAAGAGGAGGUUUCGCAACGAUUUAUUCUGCCAAUUGGAUAGAAGGAAAACCUUAUGGUUUUAGAGAGAAGAAAAGGUCCCCUCCUAUUAAGGUUGCACUUAAAGAAAUAAACCUUGAUUCCAAGAUGACGAGUGUUGCUCUCACCAAUGAGAUAAAUAUACAUAAUCUCUGUCAAAAUUCUCCUCUUGGUACUAUCAUAAGAUUUUAUGGAAUUUCAAAGAAUUCAAAUACAGGAAACUUUAUCAUGGUAUUAGAAUUUGCUGAAAAUGGAAAACGACCAACAGCAAAUGAAUUAUCUAAUCAAUUGUCUAACCUUAUAAAUGAUGCUUCUAAUGAAGGGUCAAUGAUUCAUAAGCAAAUUGAGGAAGCAAAUAAGAUUAAUGAACUUUCAACAACGCCAUCACCAGUAUCGAUCACGAGCCUUACUUAUGUAACGCAUCCUCGAGCAAUUUAUACAAGUAGGCUCUUGAAUGUUAAAAAUUUGCCAGAACCAAAAAAUUCAUCCGAAAUAAAUGAAACAUUCUAUUCUGGAAAGAUUAAGUGA